AUGUCAAUGAUAAUUGCACAAAGCCCUAAAACGUAUUUCGGUGCGGGAGACAUUCAAAAGUCAUUGGGUUCUCUUCCUGGAUUCCCAUGGGCAAAAUAUCCCGGAGAAAAACAUCUCCCAGGGCACAAUUAUACAGGUCCAGGCACUAGGUUAGAUCUGCGUUUAGACGAAAAUGAUAAUCCCAAACCAGGGGAAGAACCCGUUAAUAGAGUUGACGCAGCAGCGCUCAAACACGACAUACUGUACAGAAAUAAAGACGUAACAUUCAGACACCAAGCAGACAAACAAAUGAUAGACGAACUCGAAAAUAUUCCCAAUCCCACUUUCAAAGAGAAAUUACAGAGGGCUCUUAUCAUAAAACUCUUGAAGGCAAAAUUGAAAUUGGGUGGAAAAUACACCUCGAUCGAUGUUCAUAAAAGUCGACAAGAAAGAGAGUUUAUAGUACAUUUAUGGUUUGCCGAGGGUUCCGACUCCAUCCUUGAAGGUGGUGGUUUUAUUUCUAGAGCCAAGAUAAACAAGAAAAAAUAA